UUGAUAUUUUGUUAUAUUACAAAAAGUAAAUUUCACGUAAAAAAACAUGGCCGAAGAUGAUAAUUCCUGGGUUUUCGACUCAUUGGUUUGUUUUUUGAAUGGACCAAUUUGGAAUGCUCCCCUGCAAAGCUUUGUCGAAGAAAAAUCGAUAAUUUUUGAACCGGAUGUGACCCAUAACGACGAUUAUAAUAUGAUAUUUGAGGAGUUCAAAAAUCUGGUGGAUUUUAUGUUGGGUAACUUCAUGGAUGAUAUUGGUAUUACGUCAGAACAGUUCCAUGCCGCCUGUCAUGAAGGAAAAAAAUAUCACUUGUCAUUUGAUAAUAACAUUUUUGAACAAAUCUGGGCGGCCAACGACUACGACAUGUUCGUUCGGAUGAUGACGCAGAAAAAUGUGGAGCUGCAAUUGCAAGCUCUAGAAUUGAUCGAGAAAAAGUACGGGAUCACCCCUCAAUCGUUCGUCCCCAAAAACAAAGACAGCGAGCAAAUUGAAGAGAAGAAUGUCAAAAUAAUUCCGAUAAUAAAAGAAAACGAUUCGAAAUUAGAAAAAGAAGUUCUAAACGAAGUUGCAAAAAAAUUUCCUGAAGACGAACCCAACACUUCUACGGCUGAAAUUAAAGAACUUAUUGAACAAAAGCCGAUGAUCGAGAAAAAGUUAAAAGAAACUAUUGAACCACCAAAAAUUAGUAUGUCUAAAUCAGAUACUGAUAGUGACAGAAAAGCUGAUCAUUCGACAGAAGACAAAACACCAGCGAAACCAGCUGUAAAUAAACGUAAUACUCAAGAGAUCGAUGCGCUCGAACUAAAGAAACGCCAAGAAUAUCUGAAAGCCCAACGCGACAAACUGGUCGCUCUGAAGAAAGAGGCCCGACAAAAACAGCUCAUCGUCGAAGGCUCGUCCAAGGCUAAAGAAAGACCAAGAUCGGCCAGAGCUGCCGAGGCCAUUCUGACCGGGGAAAAACCGAUGACCAGCUCAGAACCCAGUCAGCUACAACUGAGAAGAACGCUGGCUGAAAGACUAAAAGCCGAAGUGGUGGACAAGGAUCACAAGUAAAAAUAUUUUUGCACCUGACAACAAAACAUAUCAAACGAAAACAAUUUACUUUUUUACAUUGACCUGCGGUAAUUUUGUCGGAUUAUACAAAAUUUUUACGGAACUAAAAGUUUUUGGGAUGUAGUUUAGAUACAAAUUUGAAUGUUUUAAGUUAGGGUUUAUUUUCAGGUGUACUUUCUUUUUAAAAUAUUUUCCACUUUCUUGCAACUUCAUAGUUACCCGAAAUGACUGUCAAUUUGCUUAUUUUACAUAGAACACCCUCUAUAUUUUGUGAUAUUUAAAUUCCAUAUGCAAUUCUGAACACUUUUUGUGUAUCGUUGAUUGAAGAAAUAAGAAGA